AUGGACAUCUUCGUGUCUCAUCGCCAUGCUGCCUGGAUAGCAGUGUCCAUCCUCUAUGGCAUUAUCACCCACAUCCGCUGGUUUAAGCGGUUCGAGCUCGACAGGUACCCGCUGCAGGUAGCGGGCGUAUUCGUGGCCUCUUCGGUCGUUCUCGUGAAGUCAUUGCAGUCCUACUCUGCUUCCUUUGCUCUCAUCGCUACCUACCUUCUUGGGCUUUGUCUCAGUACCUUGGUGCAUCGCGCGCUAUUUCAACCUCUGAAGCGAUUCCCCGGGCCUUUCGCUGCGCGGUUAUCUAAGUUCUGGGCCAUGCGUCAAGCGGCAAAGACGCAGGGCCAAUGGUACAAGUUCAACCUACAGCUCCAUGCAGAGUACGGAGAUUACGUCAGAAUCGGCCCUCGUGAUCUUUCGAUCACUGAUCCGAACGCGAUAAUCCCAAUUUUGGGUCCGUCAGCCAAGACAAGCAAAGGCCCCUUCUACGGGUCACUGGAAGAGUCGGUUCAUACAACACUGAACAAGGAGUUCCACCGCCAGAGACGUCGCGUAUGGGACAACGGCUUCAAGGCUGCGCUCGAAGACUUUGCACCUCGAGUUGAGGCGGCUACCGAUGAGCUUCUCUUGGUGUUGGCGCAGCACAGCCAAAGCGGUACGCCAGUCAUGUUCAACCAGAUGAUCCAGCGGUACAGCUUUGAUAUCAUGUGCACACUGGCGUUUGGAGAUGCAAGGGGCUACCUGACUGGAAAAACUACGGUCGAGGACGAGGUAAUCUUCAAGAGCCUUCACGACAGUCUAGACGUCAUUGGCCUGUUCGUGCACGCGCCUUGGAUGAUCAAGAUCCUUGAGGUCUGCUCCAUGAUUCCAGGACCAAUGAAAAGACUAAAUGAUUGGUCUGCGAGAAAGGUCGAGCUGCGGAGGCAGAUGAAGAACCCCCAGCCGGACAUUAUGGGCCACCUCAUGGCUCACACGCCUGACAAUGCGGCAGGCCGAACGCUCCUCAAUGCAGAGUCUCGCCUUAUCAUCGGUGCCGGAAGCGACACGGCGUCGGGCGCCCUCGCCAUCAUCUUCGCCUAUCUGGCCGCCCACCCGGCGCACCUCUCGCGGCUGCGCGAAGAAGUCGCGCCCGCCCUUGCCACGGGAGCCUACACGUGCGUGCGUCCAGCCCUGCCGCUCCUCGACGCCACCAUCAACGAGUGCCUGCGCCUGCACCCGCCCGUCACCUGGGCCUCAUCGCGCGUCACGGGGCCGGCCGGCCUGCACAUUCCCAGGGAUGAUGGCCAAGGCACGACAACGACGACGUACAUCCCGCCCGACACGAUCGUCUCGAUCCCGCCGUGCGCCGUGGCGCGCGACCCGCGCAACUUCGUCGACCCGGACGCCUUCCGCCCGGAGCGCUGGACGACGGAGCCGCACCUGGUGCGCCGCCGCGAGGCCUUCAUGCCCUUCCUGAUCGGGCCCUACCAGUGCCCCGGCAAGGGCUUGGCCAUGAUGGAGCUGCGCAGCGCGGUCGCGCGGACGGUGGCGCGGUUCGACGUCGUGUGGAUGGAGGAGGAGAGUUUGGCGCAGUGGGCGGACGGCAUCAAGGAUCACUUUACGAUGGGGGUGCCGAGGUUGAGGUUGGGGUUCAAGGAGAGGAAAGGAUGA